CUCAUAUACACACAGAAGAACCUAUUGAACGCAGCAACAGCAAUGUCUCCUCUAGCCUCCACAUUCUGUUCGCUUUCCGUAUCCCCUUCCUCCGUCUCCGUCCCCGGCGACGAGACAUACACCGCCCAGAACAGCCAGCAUUGGUCUGGCACCACCAUACUCUCCCCAUGCCUCAUUUUCACGCCCAGCAGCACGUCCGAGCUCUCUGCGGGGCUGCAGCACCUGGUGUCCACCAACACGCCGUUUGCGGUGCGUAACGGAGGCCACAUGCCGAAUAACAGCUGGUCCUCGGUCGACAACGGCGUAAUGAUCUCGAUGGAGAAGUUCGCCGGGAUCGAGUAUGAUACUGCGACGGAGGUGGCCAAGAUUGGCGCCGGAUUGAGGUGGAAGGAUGUCUUCGCCUCGAUGGCGAAGUAUGGUAGAGCCGUCAAUGGAGGAACGAACGGUGCGCCUAGCGUGGGUGGCCUCACUCUGGGAGGUGGAAUCGGGUACUACCACAACCGCCUUGGGUACACCGCGAAUGGCGUGGUAAACUUUGAGGUUGUCCUGUCCUCCGGCAAGGUCGUGAAUGCGAAUGCAUCCGAGAACCCCGACCUCUUCUGGGCGCUCAGAGGUGGCGGCAACAAUCUCGGCAUAGUGACACAGCUCGACUUCACCACAGUCCCGACGGAGUCGGGCGUCUGGGCCGGUACGAUGAUCUUCGUGGGCGCAGCCUACAACCCCGCCAUCGAGGCGAUGAACGAGUUCAUCAAUAAUCACUCCCACGACGAGGAUGUCUCCAUCAUGUUCACUUCUAGGCCGGGAAUGCUGGUGGCCGUGAUGUUCCAUGACGGUGAUGCUGCCGGAAAAAGACCGGAGGCGUUCGAGAGGUUCAAGAAGAUCGGACCGAUGGUUGAUACCGUCGCACUCACUACUGUGGCGGAGAUGGGCAAGAAGAGUGCCGAGUCGUCGCCCAAUGGCCUUCGGAGAUACUUCAAUACCCUCACCGUCAAAAAGGAUACCCAACUCCUCAGCACACUCAUACAACAGUACGAGCAGGGGCUGCAGAGGGAGAACCUCGGGGCCCAAGUGGAGGGAUUCGCCCCCCAUUUCGCCGUAAUGACGCUUACCCACAACUUCCUGGAGAAGAGCAAGCACGGCCCCGCAGCCGUCAGUGACCCCAACGGCGAUGAACUGAUCUGUAUCGUCCAGCUGAGCACAUGGAGGAACGCAUCGGACGAUGAGCUGGUACACGCAGCGACCGAAAAGAUCACGCAAGAGCUGCAGGCUACGGCGGAAAAUCAGGGAGCACUCAAUCCCUUCAUAUUCAUGAACCAUGCAGGAGUGAAGCAGGAUGUUUUCGGUGGGUACAGAAAGGAGAAUGUGGACAAGUUAAGGGAGGUAGCGGGGAGGUACGAUCCAGACGGUGUGUUCCAGACGCUUCUGAAGGGCGGGUUCAAGCUGGGAUUCUUGAAGGAGGCACCGGUAGCGAGGUUGUAUGCUCCAGACGCUAUCUUCGAGACGCUUCUGAAGGGCGGCUUCGAGGCGGGAUUGAGGGAGGAGACUGUGUGCGUGUAACUUUCGUCGGAUGUUAAAGUUCGGGGGGUUCCAUUUUCAUUGUUGUUGCUUUAUGCUGGUUGUCCUUUUAUAAUACGUACCAUCGACUUCAUGUGCCUACGAGUAAUGUUAUCCGAAUCAGAUACGAUCGUUUCACAGGCUAUGUAAUCACUCGGAG